AUGGCCGAGUUGUAUGAGGGCCUCGAGAAGGUGCCCACCUACUACGACAGGCGGACGUGUACAUCUCUGGAGGACUGGCAGGAGGCUGUGCGGACUUCUCGCACAGUAUAUGUGGGCAAUUUGAAUUACUUCACUACAGAGGAAGAGUUGUAUGAGCUCGUCAGCCAUGCAGGUUCUGUAGACCGAAUUGUGAUGGGCCUCAAUAGGCUGACCAGGGCACCGUGCGGCUUCGCCUUCGUCAUAUUUCGUUCUCCCAAAGAGGCCAAAGUGGCUGUGCAGAUUCUCUCGGGGGCUCAGUGCGACGGCCGUGUCAUUCGCGUUGACCCCGACAGCGGCAGAGAUGUAGACGGAGACAGAAAAUACGGGAGAGGCACCACAGGCCGUCAGUGGAGAGAUGAAUGGCGCGACUUCUAUGACCCCGGCAGAGGGGGGCAGGGGGGGGGUGGGUACCAGGGGGGCCCCCGGGGCCCCCACCUCCAGUACCCUUCGGGCCCCCAGGGGGGUCCAGAAGGGGGCCUGACGCAUACUUUGGGGGCCCCCCCCCAAUAG